GCGCUUAUUUGCAAGAGCGAGGGGUUAAGGUCCUGCAGCCGGAGACGCCGCGAGCAGAGACGCGGCGGGCGGGGCGGUGGAUGGAAGCGGCGGCGGCGUUCCCUGCAACGGUUGAGGCUGCGCGUGAGAAAGGGGUCGUGUAGGCACCCGGGCCUGGUGGAGACCGGCGGCGGCCGGGCCAUGGCGGGAGACCGGGUCCGCCGGGCUCCCUGAAGUGCGCCCCGUGACAUCCCGGGGAGCCGUGGCCCAUGGGCUCGCUGAGCAGCCGAGUGCUGCGCCCCCCGGGGCGAACCCGGGCCGAGCCGGAACCGGGUUCCGGGGCGGGGGGCUCGGCGCGGAGGCCGGAGGCUGGCGGCGACGCGGCCGGCCACGGCUUCUGUUACUGCCCCAGCAGCCGCAAGCGUAAGCGGAGCAGCGGGGCCCUCUGCUACUGUCACCCCGAAUCCGAGACCGAAGAGGAGGAGGAGGAAGGGGACGAGCAGCAGCGGCUCCUCAACACCCCGCGAAGGUGGGGAGCGCCUUGGGGGGGACGCUGGGGGUUCGGGACGACAAACCACAGACGCCGCCCGGAUGCUGUGACGGCCCCGAGAGGAGACCCGGCAACGCCAAGCCGAAGCUGGCGCCUCGUUAAACCGUGGACGCGACCUGCCGGCUGCCCGACGCGAUACACCUUUGUCUUCUCCGAGAAGAGAUUAAGGAGUACAUCUAAAUAUAUUUAUCAAACAUUAUUUUUGAAUGGUGAAAAUAGUGACAUUAAAAUUUGUGCUCUGGGAGAAGAGUGGAGCUUACACAAAAUAUAUUUAUGUCAAUCUGGCUACUUUUCUAGUAUGUUCAGUGGUUCUUGGAAAGAAUCCAGCAUGAAUAUUAUUGAACUGGAGAUUCCUGACCAGAAUAUUGAUGUAGAAGCACUGCAGGUUGCAUUUGGUUCACUGUAUCGAGAUGAUGUCUUAAUAAAACCCAGUCGAGUUAUUGCCAUUUUGGCAGCAGCUUGUAUGCUACAGUUGGAUGGUUUAAUACAGCAGUGUGGUGAGACAAUGAAGGAAACAAUUAAUGUGAAAACUGUAUGUGGCUAUUACACAUCAGCAGGGACCUAUGGAUUAGAUUCUGUAAAGAAAAAGUGUCUCGAAUGGCUUCUAAACAAUUUGAUGACUCAUCAGAAUGUUGAACUUUUUAAAGAACUGAGUAUAAAUGUCAUGAAACUGCUUAUUGGUUCAUCUAACUUAUUUGUGAUGCAAGUGGAGAUGGAUGUAUACACAGCUCUUAAAAAGUGGAUGUUCCUUCAACUUGUGCCUUCUUGGAAUGGAUCUUUAAAACAGCUUUUGACUGAAACAGAUGUCUGGUUUUCUAAGAGGAAAAAAGAUUUUGAAGGUAUGACUUUCCUUGAAACUGAGCAAGGAAAACCAUUUGUGUCAGUAUUCAGACUUUUAAGGUUACGGUAUAUUAUCAGUGAUUUGGCCUCUGCACGAAUUAUUGAACAAGAUUCUCUAAUACCAUCAGGAUGGCUGUCUUCUGUGUAUAAACAGCAGUGGCUUGCUAUGCUUCGGGCAGAACAAGACAGUGAGGUGGGGCCUCAAGAAAUCAAUAAAGAAGAACUAGAGGGAAACAGCAUGAGGUGUGGUAGAAAGCUUGCCAAAGAUGGUGAAUACUGCUGGCGGUGGACAGGUUUUAACUUCGGCUUUGACCUGCUUGUAACUUACACCAAUCGAUUCAUCAUUUUCAAACGCAAUACACUGAAUCAGCCCUGUAGUGGAUCUGUCAGUUUACAACCUCGAAGGAGCGUAGCAUUUAGAUUACGUUUGGCCUCUUUCGAUAGUAGUGGAAAACUAAUAUGUAGUAGAACAACUGGCUAUCAAAUACUUACACUUGAAAAGGAUCAGGAACAAGUAGUGAUGAACUUGGACAGCAGGCUUCUGAUCUUCCCUUUAUAUAUCUGCUGUAACUUCCUGUAUAUAUCACCAGAAAAAAGAACUGAAAGUAAUCAUCAUCCAGAAAAUACAGAAAAUUGAGGACCUUUUCAGUUGGAAACAGUAGCACUUUGAAAACUUUUUCGGCCAGCUUUAAUUUAAUGGCCCUAUGUUGUUCACAUCUAAGGUGACUAACAAUAACAAAGGCCUUAUGAACUGUACAGAUAAAACAGAAGACUAUUCUCAUUCUCGUUACAUUUCUAUGACUAUAUUAAAACAUUUUAAAGACAAGAAUAUAUCUGUCAACCCAUUUCUGUUAUAAAGAUGUCAGCUCAUGCUUUUAGCAUCAGUAGAAAAUCAUUUAGGUAAAUUUCACAUUUCUCUGCAACCAAAUAUAGAUUUAAUUUUUAGCUUAAACUUUGAUCUUACUUAAUGUUAAUGUACCUCAGUUAUCCAUCUGUAAAUUUUGUCUAUAAGAAUGCUAAAGGAAUAAUUUGAAAGGCUAACUGUAAAUUCUCUUUCAGUUGACGCAUUUAAGGCUGUUCUUUAAUUUUUUCAAAUGCUCUUUAUGAUUCCUCCUAUUAUCCUUCCAAUAUGUAGUUGUUUUUAAUCAUUAAAUACUUUUUUUCAUGGCUUUGUUGACUAAAUUGAAGAAACUUUUUAUUUACCUUAAACAUUUUUUAUGCUAUUUUAUUUUGCUUUUAAUUUAGUUUUUCUAGGGUUUCAACAACAAAAGAAUCAGCUUCAGACUUGCAAAUGACUGGAAUGGGGGAGAAAAAUCAGUGUGAUUCUGAGUAUAUUCUUUUGCCUUACAUGGUCUUUUUUCUUUUUUUUACAUUUUUGUACAAGUUUAUUAUUAGCUCAUAAGAUUAUUUAUGUUCCAAAUAUUACACUCUAAAUAUUUUCAUAUUCUCUGCUCUUAAGAAUUAUUUAUGUUCAAAUUUUAGUUGGGAAUCCUGUUUCCUACUUACUCAGGACUUUAUAACCUCUGAAUUGAGUGCCUUUGAGUUACACAUGCUAAUAGUUUCCUAGUAAAUAUAAAUAAGGUUGGAGGAUGUCAUAUAGAAGCUGGUAAUAAAACAUUAAUGUAAAAAUAGAUCUUAUUUUUGUCAAAAAUGAGAUGUACACUUGUCAUGAUUUAUAUAUGUUGGUUUCUUGUAUUUACUGCUGUUUUGAAAAUAGCCAUGCUCAUCGUCUUUCCAGAGUGAAUUCUUUUUGUGGUUAAUGUAUAUUUUUAGUAUGUUUAAAAAAUGGGAAUCACUUUUAUGUAUCUGUACAAAUGAUAAAUACCCAUUUGGAAAAUGAAUAAAUAAGUUCUUAUAUGAAAUGGACAAAAAA